UGCCCCAUCAUUGGUGUCAGUGGGAGGAAUAGUGCCCCAUCAUUGGGUGUCAGUGGGAGGAAUAGUGCUCCAUCAUUGGUGUCAGUGGGAGGAAUAGUGCCCCAUCAUUGGUGUCAGUGGGAGAAUAGUGCCCCAUCAUUGGUGUCAGUGGGAGGAAUAGUGCCCCAUCAUUGUGUCAGUGGGAGGAAUAGUGCCUCAUCAUUGGUAUCAGUGGGAGGAAUAGUGCCCCAUCAUUGGUAUCAGUGGGAGGAAUAGUGCCCCAUCAUUGGUGUCAGUGGGAGGAAUAGUGCCCCAUCAUUGGUGUCAGUGGGAGGAAUAG